AGAGAAAAAAACAAAGAGAGAGAGAGAGAGAGAGAAUAAGUCAGUCAGUCAAUGACAUCUCCGACAAACUUGUUUCCCAGGAAGUCGAGUUGACAGAAUCGUAAAUGUAGAGCUGAAGGGGAGAAAAGAACAUUUUCCAAGAUGGGGCACAUCAUGAAUCACACAGACUCCCACUACGGCGGGUUCAAUCUUUGGAACGCUGACGACCUCCUCAACAUCACAGACCCCAACAACAACUCCACGGCACACCAGGGCCCCGGAGCGGCCGACAAGCUCAUCAGCCUCGCCAUGGUCGUCGUCCUCUUCAUCACCAUGGUGUCUCUCGGCUGCACCAUGGAGCUGGGCAAGAUCAAAGGACACUUGCGUCGUCCCAAAGGAGUGGCCAUCGCCGUGGUGGCCCAGUACGGCAUCAUGCCGCUGACGGCGUUUGGCCUGGGCAAGGCGCUCCAGUUGACUUCCAUAGAGGCAGUGACGGUACUCAUAUGUGGAUGCUGUCCCGGGGGCAACCUCUCCAACAUCCUGGCACUGGCUCUGCAGGGUGACAUGAACCUCAGUAUUGUCAUGACAGCCUGCUCCACGCUGCUUGCCCUGGGCAUGAUGCCACUACUACUCUUCCUGUACUGCCAGGGCAUCACCGGCCUGGAGAGUGCCGUGCCCUACGGGGGCAUCUCCAUUGCCCUCGUCAUGACCCUUGUGCCCUGUGCCAUCGGCAUAUACAUCAACCACCGUGUGCCACAGUACUCCAAACUCAUCACAAAGGUCGGGAUGGGCUUUAUGGUGGUGGCCGGUUCAACCAUUGGCAUUCUCGCUAGCAUAGCAGUGGGAUCGAAAGUACUGGCUGUUGCCUCACUCCGAAUGAUGACCACAGCAGCACUGAUGCCACUGAUUGGCUACACACUUGGCUACAUUCUAUCUUCCAUCUUCCGGCUAAAUUCUUCAUGCAGAAGGACUAUUGCCAUGGAGACGGGAUGUCAGAACAUCGGGCUAUGCACCACUAUACUUAAGGUGGCCUUCCCUCCACACGUCAUUGGCCCGCUGUACUUAUUCCCAAUUGUCUACAUGUUCUUCCAGGCGGCAGAGGCAUUUGUGUUUGUCUUGAUUUUCAGAUGCCACCUGAGGUUUGUGGCAUCCAGGAAAGAGAGGAGUGAGUACACUGGGGUGGAAAUCCCUACUGUGGAAGCUGAAAAGUGCCAGUUGCCACAGUGACGUUUCUGUUACUGAUGUAAACUCUGCCCUGUGAGCACCAUUGCACAUUGUUGGGACAAAGAGGUGCCUUUGGGGUACCGUGUCCAUAUUCGGCACUCCUGGUUCUAGCAAGAAUGCAAGUCUACUGGAUCUUCCAUGCAUGGCGGUUCCAAAUCAUGCAUCACCAUAAGGACACUUCUAGUAGAGUCUAACCGAUAUCGACCGAUACUCGAUAUAUUAGUCGAUAGUCAUUUUUAACAGUGUAAAUAUCGCCACACAUAUUUAACAGUUCUAAUCAAGGCAUAAUGAGUUUGCAUAAGCUUAAAUGUCUGGUAGCCUAAUGAAAGGCUCUUAUACGGUAAACUGUGAAAUUAUCUGUAGACACAGGUCUUUGUUUGAUAACCUCACACCAUUGCUACAGUAACUACUUGGAAGAUAUUCACAGUUUAUGCUGAAUGACCCCAUCACGUAAUGCAAACAAAACAUUUAUCAACUACCCUCUGUACCUUUUACUUUAAAAGGCCAUUGUAAACCAAGCACUCUUUUACUUGUGUGAACAUGUGAACUCCUGAAGACUGAAACCUGGGGGUUACUGGGAGUUUGAAAGACUGUUCUCACACAGAAGUCUUGUUCCAUAAGUUAUUCUGUAAUUAGUCUAUUACUAAUAUUGGUAUACCAUGGGAAGUGGAAUAAAAAGAACAUGUUUCAAGAGUUGCAUUGAGAAGCUACGCCCUCUGCUGGACAAACCACAUACUGAAAAAAGUGAAUUUUUUUUAAAUUAAAAUAUAUUUAUUGGCUGUUAUAAAGAGGUAGAUGGGCUAAGACUUAAUAUCAGUACGCAGAUAUAUUGGUUAGCAAUGGGGACAUCAAGCUGACUGGAAAUCACCUUGUUUUUGUUUUUC